AUGCGCCUCCCCUCCUCUAAAAACCCCUGGCUCACAUCCCCCACCCACACCGCCCUCGUCCCAAUAAACACCACACACGUCCUCUCCACCACAAUCAGCGGCCCCCUACGCACACCCACCUCCCCGCUCCUCAUCUUCUUCACCGGCGCCGGCGCACCCAGCGCAGUAUACACGCUCCUCCAACGCCACCUCUCGCCCCACAUACGCUGUCUGUUCUACGACCGCGCCGGCUACGACCACAGCACCCUACCACCGCAAAUAACACAAAUCCUAUGCCAUGACACAGCGCGGGAUCUGCGUAUCCUGCUUAGAGAAACCGGGCUUGAGGGACCGUACUUACUCGCCGCCCACUCCUUCGGCGGAAUAGCAGCGCGGACGUUUCUGCAAACAUGUUCGGAAGGCGAGGUGGGCGGUAUGUUACUGUUCGACACCGCGAGCGAGCUCAUGCUAGCGCUGUUCAAUCAUAUCCCGCCGCGGGAAUUGGAAGCCGUGGGCAAAUAUGUUAAUCUAGCCGCCCUCACGCAUCUGAAGCAAGAAGCUGGGUUCAGCGACGCAGAGUGGAGGUACGCGAUUGAAGCGACGGGGCGGAGCUCGCGAGCGCUUGCAUUGGAAGACACGCAUGCGUCUGCGCAUGCGCUGGCGCUGAGUCGUCAGAUUGAUAAUGUGGCGUUUGGGGCACGGCCGUUGACAGUCGUGCAGUGUAAUAUUGCGGGGGAUUAUCAGGUUUUGUAUGAUGAGGGGGUUAGGUUGGGUGGGGGCACGGAGGAGGAGAGGGGGGUUGCAAAGAAGUUUAUUGAGGGGGCGAGGGUUUUUCAUGGACAGCUUGCUAGGGCGCAGUGUGGGUUGAGUGGGGGAUGUUGA